CUAGUUUGAAUGCUGUUGUUUCCGGAGAUUUUGGCGAACUUUAAUGAAAAAUUGGCAGAUAUAACAUCGAUUGAAGAAGUACCUUCCAUGCUAUAUAGAGGCUCAGAACGGGAUCACCAAAUCAAACCAAAUAUUUACUUUAGUACACACUUGCACGUUUUUCUAGAUGUAACCACCAUCCCUCAGCACCAACGCUAUUGCGAUGCACGUUUCGCUCAAAUCGACUAACAGUGACGUCAUCGGCGUCAACGGUACACUUUCAACUCUACGUUGUCAUCGUCACGACUUGUCUGCGAUCUGAGCACGAACACUUCUAUUAUACAUCUGAAGGCAAGAUUUCAUAGAUAGAAGAACUGUAGUAUGAGAUUCUUUACAAAGCUGUCAUUACUUAUUGCACUGAUAGUCGUCAUGUGGUUGCCAUGGUACUACAAAUGGCUGACGAGCUCCGGGUUCAUAGACAGAAAGAAAGAAGAUAUUUCAUCAAAACAACGAAAAAUAUUUUUGGACUGUGGAGGAAAUGUUGCAUCAUCUGUCCAAUUAUUCAAGGAGAGUUACCCAGAUGCAAAUGAAUAUGAAAUACAUUCCUUCGAGCUUGACCCAAAGCUUCGUCCAUAUUUUAAACCUUAUGAAUUACAAGGGUCAGUUACUGCCCAUGUGCCAUGUGGGGUUUCAGACAAAGAUGGAUUCCUAACAGCUUACCUUGAAAGUGUUUGGUAUCCAGGAAAAAUGGGGUUUGCUGAGAGGGAUCAACAAUGGGGCGGAGGAACUCUUUUGGCAACUGACGACGAAAAGCAAAACAAUUUUAAAAAAGGUUCAAGAAAGCUUUCUCGUCAAAUUACAGUACCUAUUAUUGACCUAUCAAAGUGGAUUCAAACAAACACAAAAAAGGAAGAUUAUGUUAUUCUGAAACUUGAUGUGCAAGGUUCUGAGUAUGCCAUUGUUGACAAGAUGUUGGCCGAUAACACGUUUGAGUGGAUUGAUAAAUUUUAUGGCGAAUUCCAUAGUUAUGCAGCAGUUGGCGUUGCUGUGGAGGAGAGGACAAGAAUAAAAGACUCCGUAGCUGCCCGGGGAAUACAUCAAGUAUUAUGGGAAGGAGAAACAAAACACUAUGCCGAUUUUGAUAGCCUUCAUGAAAUUCGGAUACCUAGUAACGCACCCGGUCAAAUUCACACGUUGAACAACCAAUGUGUAAAGAAGGAAGAACAAUCUCAAGUCAGCAUUAUUAUCGAGGUUGGCAUGAAUGCAAAAACUGCCAGACUUUUAAUUGAAACAAUUCAUGCCUAUGAGAAACACGUUCCUCUGACAUUAUUCGUUUACGGUGACUUUGUGGAAUUGUAUCCUGAACUAAUCAUAGAGUGGAGCAAAGUGUACGAGAUUGGCAUCAGAGGAAGCAGUCCCCUACCAAGGAACCUGUGGGCGUUACAAAACUAUGGAAUUCAGCGACUGUCCGUUGUCAGUGCCGAGAUGAAAUUGAGCAAAUUGGGAAUAACAACAGCAUAUAUAUUUCCACCUGAAUUUGGAGAGACUGUCACCCUCAUUGCAAAAGAGAGAAGUCUGCGAAUGAUUAACUCGACUGUGACACUCCCGCCAAGAAGUGGCAGUCUGAUGUUAGAGACGUAUUUCAAAUAUGAGGAUGUGAAACGAACACCGAAAGCUCUAAGGAUCAUUCACGAAGAACUCGUGCAUAGUGGGGGAAUACUGAGUUUGGAUUCUGAUUUUCCAGACUGUCAGAUGACGUCAAUUUUUCUUCUGGAUUAUUUAUACGAUGUUUCGAAUCACAAAAUUACAAGUUUACGUGAAUGCUUUGGUGGUAAAUGACAAGUCGUUGUUUGAUGCCGUGGAGCUUUGAAAUUAAUUUGAAACGACAAUAACUAAAUAGAAUUUUAAAUCAAACUAAUAAAAUAAUAAUAUCAAUAAUCUAUAUUGAACCCUGCCAAAUUGUGGUCAUUAAAACAUGGUUGGUCAGAAACAUGUCCGUUUAUGUUUUUGGACAUCUUACCACUAAACUGACGUUCACUAAAUUGUCAGCAACCAAUGCCUGAAGUCAUCUAGAACUUGAUUUAAAAAGCUGCAGCUAUUUAUUAGACAGUUUGAGUCACAUAAUUUUCAUUGAAAUCACAAUGACAGGCAUGGGAUGAGUUCUGUUGUUGGCCAUUGUGCUUUUCAACCUAAGAAUGAAUACAAACACAAUUAGGAAUGCUGCUCACAUUGAUGUUCUAAUUAUCAGAUUUAUUUGAUGAAUGCAAUUUAUAAUGUAUUAAUAUGGGUUUCAUUAAUUCGUUUGCUUUGUCUCAUGAUUUAUUUGGGAAAUUUUGUUUGGAAUAAAUGCUGAACCUGA